GGAAUUGUGACGUCACUGAACCGGAAAAGUAGAAACUGGAAACCAACUGAACGGUUGUUAGUUGAUUGGCGCUGUAUCGUAGUUGGUUGCAGAAGAUGCAAUGAGUCUGCAUCGAACACUAAGACGGUUUCUCCGGAAAUGGAAAGCACUGGUUUACGCCGUGUCGUUUAUACUCUUAAUUCAGGCAUUUUUUACGUUUCAAUCAAGUCCAAACCUCAUGGAAGAAGAACAUUUACGAAGAUUAAAAGAACUUCAGAUUAAAAAACAUCAAGAGCUUGCCAACUCAAUGCUGCAGGGUGAGCGUGCAUUGGUACAUGGAAGAGACAAGUUAGUUCUUAAUCCCCGGGAUCCGGGAUUUCGUGAAGAGUUCUUUAAACAUUCAAACAAUGAAAUCAACAUUUUGGAGGACCAUAACAUUGGCCAAGUGGAUAAAAUGGAAAAACCAGUGUUGAAACCUAAUGAAAAUAAAUUUGAAGAAAUUCAUUUUGCAACAGAGAAAGUACCAGAGAUAAUAGUCAAGUACCAACCAAAGUGUGACAUCACAAUUAAAGAUUCUAUAUCAGCGUUGUCUCGAGCAACAACUGAUCGAUGUAAACAACAAAUUGCGGACGCUGCUUGCAAAAUGCAAGAUGGUACAUUGUUUCCAAAAUCUAUGCCAAGAACGUGCAAACAUGAGUCAAAAUUUACAUUUGACGCCCCAAUGCCGACCUCAUUUGACCCUGACAUUCGGCCUGUUCGGAUUUGUUACAUGUUGGUUGUGCAUGGUCGAGCUAUACGUCAGUUACGUCGCUUGUUGAAAGUUAUUUACCAUCGUGAUCAUUAUUAUUACAUCCACGUGGAUAAAAGAUCGGACUACCUGUUAAGAGAGGUAUUGAAGGAAACUGAGCAAUAUCCCAACAUCAAAGUUGCUCCCUGGAGGAUGGCAACUAUAUGGGGAGGAUCAAGUCUACUUCAGACUCUCCUCCGAGCCAUCAGUGAUGUCCUCCGGAUUUGGAAAGAUUGGGAUUUCUUUAUCAAUUUGAGCGCUCUGGACUUCCCAAUCGAAAAAGAUGAAAAACUGGUUCAAUACUUGAGCAAAUAUCGUGAUAAGAACUUCAUGAAAUCUCACGGGAGGGAAGAUGAGAAGUUUAUCAGGAAACAGGGAUUAAACAGAGUGUUUGUUGAAUGUGAUCAACACAUGUGGAGGUUAGGGGAAAGACAAUUGCCUGAAGGAAUCACAGUGAAUGGAGGAAGUGAUUGGGUUGCAUUGAACCGACGAUUGUGUGACUUUGCUGUUAAUGGGAACGAUCAAUUGCUCACACAACUUAAGCACUGGUAUGAGUAUACAUUGUUACCUGCAGAAUCAUUUUUCCAUACUUUGGUUCAAAACAGUGAUUUGUGCGAAACAUUUGUGGAUAAUAAUAUCCGUGUGACAAACUGGAACCGUGCGCGUGGUUGCAAGUGCCAAUAUAAGCACAUAGUGGAUUGGUGUGGUUGCUCCCCCAAUGAUUUCUAUCCAUCUGAUCUUGUGAGACUUCGAACUUCGCGUCCAGUUUUCUUUGCAAGAAAGUUUGAAGAAAGCAUUAACCAAGAAGUGGUGAACCAUCUUGAUUUUAAACUAUAUGGUGAUUACCCACCAGGCACCCCUGCUUUACAUUCGCUAUGGGAGAACGUGUACGAUUAUCUAGAUGGACCCCAAUCUAUACCCGACUCAUCUCUCACCUACUUUACCUCGUUUGCUCGCGUGGGGCUGUCACACCUGAACGAACAAUUAACCAAUCAAGCGUUACGUGUGAAUUCGAAAAUGCCGUCAGAUUGUAAUUUGAGCGUCGUUAGCAUGCUGCAGGUGGAAAUGCAUAAGAAAGAUGAAGAAUUUGUUGGUUAUGUGGUGACCUUCGACGCAGGGUGGGUAGGUAGGAGGGGUGCGGGUGACGACCCUGCAACAUCCGAGGAUGGGUCAAGGGUUCAACUGCAGGCAUUUUUAUCACCUCAACCUUCUCUACGUAUUCUUGACCGAUCGUCUAAUCUUGCCAAGCGACUCGAAACAGCUUCGGUUGGAACAAAUUGGGAUGUUAAGGAGCUUGUUAUAAGAGAUUGGGGUGGGCUUGUUGGGCCCAACAGUGAUGUCCAUUUGGUGGCUCGCUGGAGCCGUUCGGAGGACGAUUUUGUUGUCACUGUUGUCGUGAUUGACCCACUGAAUGUUGUGGCCGAUUAUAACGAUUUCAGGACGCCGUCAAAAGCAGCGGGGGUGACAGAGACACCGUUAAGUUUAAAAAAACCUCUUCGACCUGGGCGUUGGUUGGUGAGGUUUUACGUUCAGCGGCAAUUCACGAAUAUAUGCGCUGAGUUGGAUUUUUACGUCACGCCGCAGGAGUUUAAAGGGGGGAUAGAAGGAGAUUCAGUGUUGCGUGAAAUUAACAGAGGUGUGGUAGAUGACGCUCAGGUUAAUGCUGCCAACAGGAAUCUUUAUUCUAUUCGGACAACCUUAAACUUGGCUCGGAAUAAUCAAGCUGAAACUGAACUUGCGUCAGAAUCGAAUCAUGUCGCUGGUUUGAAGUUACGAAACUGGGUCGAUUUUGUGGUUUCUAGUGGGUGGAAAGCCAAGGACGCAUGUCUUGUGGCGCAGUCACCAGAAACGUGGCGUGAGGCGCAGCCACGCCGUUGUUUCAUGCCGCGCCAGGGGACACCUAAUUUGUGUGAAAAUACGAAUUGGUCCUCGCUGUCCCCUGACCCUAAAACUGAGUUAAUUUCCGUGAAACCAGACGGCCGAAUUAGGUGAUAAAAUUUUCAGUGUUUCCAGUUUAAAAAUAACAGUGUUGACUGACACUUGGAAGCGAGCUUAGAUACCUCACUUCAGUUGCAAUUCCUGUCCAACUAAACAUUACUUAUCUGCUACCUUUGCUUUUUAUUUUGUUUUUUUCUAUUUUCGGAACCUAACGUAGCGCAACUCAGCUAAGCGUAACAACUUUAGUUUCAUAAACUCUUAUAAGUAGUAUAGUAAUUAGGAAGCUUAGCUGGCAUGCGUUAUGUUAUCUUUUUUAACUAUAUCAACUUUACCUAGAAAGUUAUGACUAUUACAAAAUAACCCAAUCACUUUAAUUAAAAUAAUCUUUUUUAUUUUAAUAAUAUUCCAGCAAUUAAAAUUAAAUUUUUUUUUCAAUUAUCUUGGAAAACAUUAAGUACUGUGAUGUCACUGUCGAUAAAAUGAAUUCAAUCAGUUCUUAAUUAUGUUCAUAGUACGAAAGUGAAUUCCAUUUUGGCCUUGCUCAUUUUUCUAGUUGUCCUUUCUCAUUGAUUAUUAUUCAAUUAUAAUGAAUUGUCCAGUGUGAAUUGACGCAAAAAUGCUUUUUCUUUGUUUAAGAAAAGUAGUUUUCCCACAAAAUUGUUACUUCAUGUUUAAUUUUUCUAUAAUCAUAAAAAUGAGUUGUUUUCGGUUAGUAUUUAUUCAAAAAAAAAUUAGUUUCAUUCUUCACUCGUAUUCAUGCGUACUCGCACGUAGUUCCAAGCUGCCAUUGCAUCGACCGUAGUGAAUACAACCGUGCUAGUUUUAUACACCGUCCCAUAUGCCGCACUAUAUAUGUAAUAAAAUGCAGUACUUUAAA